CUCCCCCUGCCUCUGCCUGCCAUCUCUCUCUUCCUCCUCCCGCAAGCGCCGCCGCCGCCGCCCCGCCCCUCCCGAUCUCCGAGGCAAGCUGCGACGCCGCCGCCGCGGCCAUGGCGUUCGAGAAGAUCAAGGUUGCCAACCCCAUCGUCGAGAUGGACGGCGAUGAGAUGACCAGGGUAUUCUGGCAGUCUAUCAAGGACAAGCUUAUCUUCCCAUUUGUGGACCUGGACAUCAAGUACUAUGACCUGGGGAUUCUGCACCGUGAUGCAACUGAUGACAAGGUCACGGUGGAGGCUGCAGAGGCUACUCUCAAGUACAAUGUGGCUAUUAAGUGUGCUACCAUUACCCCAGAUGAAACUCGGGUUAAGGAGUUCAACCUGAAGCACAUGUGGAAGAGCCCAAAUGGCACAAUUAGGAACAUUAUCAAUGGCACCGUGUUCAGAGAGCCAAUUAUAUGCAAAAAUGUUCCAAGACUUGUUCCAGGAUGGACUAAGCCCAUUUGCAUUGGAAGGCACGCUUUCGGUGAUCAGUACCGGGCUACUGAUGCAGUUCUCAAGGGGCCUGGGAAGCUCAAGCUAGUUUUUGAGGGAAAGGAAGAGCAGAUCGAUCUGGAGGUGUUCAACUUCACUGGUGCUGGAGGAGUUGCCUUGUCUAUGUACAACACAGAUGAGUCAAUUAGAGCUUUUGCUGCGGCUUCUAUGACAACUGCAUAUGAGAAGAAAUGGCCACUCUACCUUAGCACCAAAAACACAAUCCUGAAGAAAUACGAUGGCAGGUUCAAGGACAUUUUCCAGGAGGUCUACGAAGCGGACUGGAAAUCCAAAUUUGAGGCCGCUGGAAUAUGGUAUGAACAUCGUCUGAUUGAUGACAUGGUUGCAUAUGCGCUUAAGAGUGAAGGAGGCUAUGUGUGGGCUUGCAAGAACUACGAUGGAGAUGUGCAGAGUGAUUUCUUGGCGCAAGGUUUUGGCUCGUUGGGUUUGAUGACAUCAGUGUUGGUGUGCCCUGAUGGGAAAACCAUCGAAGCUGAAGCUGCCCAUGGCACAGUUACCCGCCAUUUCCGUGUUCACCAGAAAGGAGGUGAAACCAGUACGAACAGCAUUGCUUCAAUCUUUGCUUGGACGAGAGGACUUGCACACAGGGCAAAGCUCGAUGACAAUGCUAGGCUACUUGACUUUGCGCUCAAACUUGAGGCUGCCUGCGUUGGAACUGUGGAGUCUGGGAAGAUGACAAAAGAUCUUGCACUUCUUGUUCACGGAUCUUCCAACGUCACGAGAAGCCAUUACUUGAACACUGAAGAGUUCAUUGACGCUGUUGCUGCCGAGCUCCGAUCAAAACUGGCAGCCAAUUGAGCUUGCAGGAGACUUUUGGCAACUUCAGUGCUUCAUCACCGAUCACUCCCAAGUCAUUUCGGCUACAUCAGCAUUGUUAUUCACGCUUCGCCAAUGGAGUGAAUGCACAUUACCGCCAUUUCGAUGUAAGCUAAUUCAAGAUGCUAGUGUUACGCGCUCAGCGCUCUCUCUAAAUAAAGGACAUAUAGAACGAUUGGCCAGUGCUGUGACUAGGUUACCUGCAAUAAGCUCCAUCCUAUUUGUGGAGAUUUGUCUUAUUUUUCCAUUGUGUUUAGGAGGCAGUAAGGAUCCUUCGUCACCCUUAUUAAAUCUGGGAAAAAAAUUGAUCUCUGUGUUGAGCUAUAAGCUCUAAA